AAAGUAUUUAGAUUUCUCUUGAUAACAUUGAGCAGUGUUCUUACCCAGUACAAAAUCAAUUUUAAAAACUAUUUUUUUAAGAAAAUUAUAUAACAUAGUUCUAAAAAUUAAAUCAGUUUUAGAAAAAAAAAAACCGGCGCCAAAACGUCUAUAAUAAGGCAAAGAGUGCGGCAUUUAACUCCAUCGAUCAUCACAGCAUGCACUUCCUCCUCAUUAUCUUCCCUGCACAUGGUCACAUUAACCCUGCACUCCAGUUCGCUAAGCGUCUCAUUGCUAUGGGCGCACACGUCACCAUUCCCAUCACUCUCCACAUGCAACGUCGCGUCACCAACAAAAUCACCAUCCCUGGCCUCUCCUUCCUUCCUUUCUCCGACGGCUUCGACGCCGGUUACACCCCCGUCGACGAUGAAGCCGGUUAUAUGUUCUACAUGUCAGAACUCGAGCGUCAUGGCUCCGAGUUCGUAACCAGUCUCAUAGUCUCUAGUGCCGACGAGGGUCGCCCUUUCACGUGUUUAACCUACACCUUGCUUGUUCCUUGGGCACCAAAGGUGGCGCGUGGAUUUAACCUCCCCUCGGCGAUGCUGUGGAUUGAACCUGCCACGGUGUUGGAUAUUUUUUAUUAUUACUUUCACGGCUAUGCUGAUUGCAUAAACGACAAAACUAAAGAGGAUUCGUUGUGCUCCAUGGCGCUUCCUGGAUUGCCGUUUUUGCUAUCUGCCCAUGACAUACCGUCGUUUUUGUUGGUGUGGAAGUCGAGUGUGUUUUCUUACGUUCUUCGGUCGUUUGAAGAGCAGAUUCAACAGCUUGACUUGGAGGCCAAGCCAACGGUGCUUGUGAACACUUUUGAGGCUUUGGAGGCUGAGGCGUUGAGGGCCGUUGAUGGGUUCAACAUGAUUCCCAUCGGGCCGUUGCUACCUUCUGCUUUCGUAGAUGGGAAAGAUCCAUCUGAUACUUCAUUUGGUGGUGACUUAUUCCCUGUUUCAGAUGAUUGUGUUGAAUGGCUUAACUCAAAGCCAGAAAAAUCGGUGGUUUAUGUGUCGUUUGGGAGUUACUUUGAGUUGUCUAGGAUGCAAAUGGAGGAAAUUGCACGUGCGUUAUUGGAUUGUGGGAGUCCAUUUGUGUGGGUCCUUAGAGAGAAAGAGAAAGCGGAUAAGCUGAGCUGUGGAGAGGAGUUGAGAAAGAGGGGGAAGAUAGUGACAUGGUGCUCUCAGGUGGAGGUUUUAGCACAUGGUUCGGUGGGUUGUUUUCUGACACACUGUGGGUGGAAUUCGACCGUGGAAAGCCUUGUUUGUGGGGUUCCUAUGGUGGCGUUUCCUCAGUGGAUGGAUCAGAAGACUAGUGCAAAGCUAAUUGAAGACGUGUGGAAGGUUGGGGUGAGGGUGGAUCUUCUAGUGAACGAAGAAGGGACAGUGGAAGGAAAGGAAAUUAAGGAGUGUUUGAAAGUGGUGAUGGAGAGCGGAGAGAAAGGGAAUGAGUUGAGAAUGAAUGCAAAGAAAUGGAAGGGUUUGGCUAGGGAAGCUGCCAAGGAAGGUGGCUCUUCGGAAAAGAAUCUGAGGGCAUUUAUGGACGGUGUUGGACAAAAGUUUCAAAAAUCCAAAUUUCAUCCUCUCCUCAGAUCCUCUCUCCAGCAACCUCUAGCUCAUUCCGAACUUGUGCUUUUAUAGUUCAAUUAUUCAGAUUCAUCAAAAGAAAUAUAACUAUUGAAUAGUGUGUUAGAGUCAUUUAUAAGAUCGGUGAGAAAUUAUUUCAUGUCUAGUACGUUUGUAAUGUAUUAGUUUCUAUGCAUAUGAUGCAUGCCUUCAAAUUUUUCAAGUUGGACAUGUAAAAAAAUGAAGCAGUCAAUAUAACCUUAAACAUGAAAGAUAAAUUCCUUUCUAUAACUUUUCUUCUUCUUGAAACUCUGUAAUUUUCUUUAGUAAUGCAUCAUUUUUUUUCUAAACGCAGAGAUUAUUAGUAAUGCAUCAUUUUAGCAUUUACUUAUUUAAUUUUGGAAAUUAUGAAAAAAUAUAAUCUUUGAAAUUAUUACUAAUAAAUAUUUUAGUUCUUAAAAUUAAAAAAAUAUUUACUUUAAUGCAUAAAAUUACAUAUAUCUGUGAGUUCAUUAAUCACAAAUAAUAAAACGAGUACAUUUUAAAAAAAUAAUAUUUAUAUUGGAGUAGUAACAAACAUGUAUGAAAAGCAAAUAGCCUCUCCCUUGUUCUAAAGUUGGAAAUUGCAAUCCACUUGACUAAGUCUUGAAAUUAUAAUAACAAAAUUUAGUUAAUAAAAUUAUAAAUUAAAUGAUAUUUAUAAUUUUAGUUGCUAAAAUAAUUAAUAUUUUAUUAUUUUGAUUUUUUUCAUAAUUUCAAAUAUUAAAAUAAUUAAACUCAAGUGAUUUUAAAAGCUACAAAAUAUUUUUUAUAAUUUCAUAAACGAAAAUAUUGUAGUAACUGUUUUUUUUUCCUCGUAAAGACAUAUUUUAAAGAGAAGAGAAAGAAAUUUAUUAUUACAAUUUUAAUAACUUUUAACUCUUAAAUAUGAGUUUUUGGCAGAAGA